UUAGAUUUACCCUAGAAUUCCAUAGAUGGGGAAAGAGUGGUUUUUAUAUGUGGUGACAGAUAUUGGAGUACAUCGUCUGAAACUGGAUAUCCGAAAACUGAGAAACGGAAACAGAAUUCCAAAGCUGAAUCAGCGUCCACCGGUAGAGUUUGAAGAUCUGGAGCUCCUUUCGCCUGAUGGUAAGUUUCCAUAUUAUACGCAACACAUAAUUGUGGGUUCUCAAGUAUAUUUGGUGGGGGGUUAUUAUUCUAACGAUGAACCCAACAUAUCUGAUGCUUAUGCCAUUAACCCUAACACCACAUGUGUUACCUCCGCUGCCUUUCCUUAUGACUAUCCCGACUUGUUGUCUGCCCUGAGCAAAUCCAGUGCUACCUUGUUUCAAGUUGGGUCUUCAUUUUAUAUUCUGGACGCAUCACAGGGCAUCACCUUUUAUGUGCUUGAACCCAAAGGAACUGACGGAUGCACCAAAAGAAUCCUACCUAAUCCGCCCGUUUCCAGAGUGUCGAACCACACUAGUUGGGGACACAAGAUCCAUAUUACUACUCUCGGCAUUCCAUUCACUAGUCGCGGCGCUUCAUACACCUUUGACUUGUGCAAAGAAAAAUGGGAUAAAUGGCCUGAUCAAUUUAGAGCCGCUGUUGAAUAUAAAGGUUUUUUUAUUGGCCUCUUACCUACUGGACUACUUGUUUGUUCUCGGAUGGAUUCCAAUGGAAAUCCUGAGCGCCCACUUAAGGUGCUACAUGACCUGUUUGACAUCUUCAAUCUCAAGGGUCCCUAUUUUUUAGAGUUGGAUCAAGUUUUUAUGGGCUUAUUUGACGAUGGUGAGGACAACUUUAUCUGGUUAGUAAAUUCUUUUGAGGGUGUUGAAGCGGAUCUACAUUGCCAUAUGCCUUUUUUGCUGUUCCGAGUUUUCAUUGAAAAUGACCCUGAUGACAAUUCAGUCCUCUCCGCAGUCCUUGAAGCUGCAGAAUACUAUGAUUUCUUCGAGGACAAUGUGUUCUGUACGGCUUUUGCAUGUGCCAACAUAAACUAAACUAGUGUACACAAAUCUGUUAGUCCAUCCUCAUCAUUGCCAUUGACAUUGCCAAACAAGAGAAAAAGACGUGGAGAAUGAGGUACAUUCUAUGGACAGCUUGCAAAGCCACCACCCCUCUCCCUGCUGUUCUUCAAAGAGCUCCCUCGCCCUCCAGAUUAUUGUGUUCGCCAGGACUUUUGUUGUUUGGUUUUUAACUUCCUUCGUACUGCAGUUUCUGCUUGUUCUUUCUAUGUUGUACUUAGUGGCUUUUGCCUUUCUUAAAUGAAUU